CAGACAGAAAAAUCGUAAAUCGCGAGCCGAGUAGAAAAAAAUCCACCAGCGGGAAGGCCCAAGUUACGACCCCGAAAAUGGCGUCUGCCCCGCCGAUACCCACGGAUUCGUGGUACCUGGCUCUUCUAGGGAUGGCGGAGAGUUUCAGGACGGCCAGCCCGCCCAAAAUCAAGCACUGUAUCCACUGUUUACAGUCCAUUUUUCACUUCAAACCGCCGUCGAGGAUCGAGGCGAGAACGCACGUCCAGCUAGGCAGCUUAUUGUUCACGCAUACGAAGAACGUCGACCUGGCGCGGACGCAUUUGGAAAAAGCAUGGGCCAUAUCGCAGAGUAUUCCAUCAUUCGAUGAUGUCAAAUUUGAAGCAGCAAGCCAGUUAGCGAGGAUACAUGAAAAACAAAACCAAUUACAUCUCGCCAAACAAAUUCUACGCAAAGCCAUCGGUAUUUCGCAGCAGUCGGCGUACUGGCAUUGCCUUCUCCUGUUCCAGUUAGCGCAAAUCCACACGCACGAGAAGGAUUUCAUCUCGGCGUGCGAGCUUCUCGGCGUCGGGGCAGACUAUGCGGUGGUCGCCAGCUCCGAGUACACGAGGGCGCUUUUUCUUCUCAGUAAAGGAAUGCUGAUGUUGAUAGACAAGAAAUAUGCGGAGGUGCACCCUGUGCUGUCGAUGUGCGGGUCCAUCAUUGACAACUACACCGGCAGUGCCACCAACAAGGAGUCCCUCAAGGUUUAUUUCCUAGUCUUACAAGUCUGCCAUUACCUCAUGGCUGGCCAGGUAAAAAGUGUGAAGACGGCACUGAAGAACCUCCAGCAGUCCAUACAGACGAUAACCAUGCUGCAUUCAGAUGACGGUGAGCCCUUUGAAAUUGAACCCAUCUCAAGUAAUCCAGCAGACUUGUUUCACUGGUUACCGAAGGAGCACAUGUGUGUGUUAGUGUAUCUGGUCACGGUGAUGCACUCGAUGCAAGCGGGCUACAUGGACAAGGCCCAGAAGUACACCGACAAGGCCCUGCUGCAGAUCGAGAAGCUGAAGAUCCUGGACUCCCAUUCCAUCCUGUCGGCCUUCCAGCUCAUGCUGCUGGAGCACAUCAUCAUGUGCCGUCUGGUCAUGGGCCAGAAGUCGCUGGCCGUACAAGAGAUCUCACAAGCAUGCCAGGUGUGUUCACAGAACCCACGGCUACUUUCGACACACGGAGCCCAGCUUCACACGUUACUGGGGCUCUACUCAAUGUCCAUGAAUUGCAUGGAGAGCGCAGAGGCGCAGUUCACUGCAGCUCUGGCGAGUACAACGCAAACAGAAUUGUGGCAGUUUGCAUCCCUCAAUCUGGCAAUAGUUUACCUCAGGUCUGGCAAUAGGCAACAGGAGUUAUUAACGUUAUUAGAACGGAUCAACCCAGAGGUGUUACCCACAAACUCACACAGUCUCAGAGCGGCGUCCUACUAUGUCCAGGGUCUGCAGGCGUUUUUUCAAGCGAGAUACAACGAGGCAAAGAGAUACCUGAGGGAAACGUUAAAGAUGUCCAACGAAGAGGACUUGAAUAGAUUAACUGCCUGCUCACUGGUGCUACUGGGCCACAUAUUCCUCUCCUUAGGAAGCACAAGGGAAAGCAUGAAUAUGGUCUUACCAGCCAUGCAACUCGCUGAAAAAAUCCCAGACGUGCACGUUCAACUGUGGGCAUCGGCCCUGCUCAGAGAUUUGUAUCACUUGGAGGGCGACCCGGUGCGGGAGAGAGACGGCUACCAGAUGCACACCUCCUUCUCACAACAGCUCCUCAAAGACCACUUCCAAUCAUCUCAGCAGACAGAGCACAACCUUAUACAGUGGACAGAAGGCCCGUGCCCGAUCCAUUUACUUCAGGGGGAUGGAGCUAGUUCCAGUAUCUUAUAGCACUCGCCUCUGCUCUGCAACACACACCCAACCCUUUGCCGUUUGAAAAAAAAAAAGGGAAAAAAAACAGACAAAAAUAUCCGACAAGUGUGCCAAUUCUUCUCAAGAUAAGAAACUUUUACUUCUUUUUCACUUUCCUUUUUUCGACUGCAUUUUCUUCCCGUAGUCUCUCUAAUAAAAACCAGAAAGAAUCUGAAAUGUUUUGAUACAGUUUUUAAAAAAAGGGAACAAGAAGAUUUGCUAGAAGAGAAAAUAUAGGUUGUCUUUAGAAGUCCAGCAGAAUUCCAACUGGGGAACUUGUCUGUACCCCCCCCCUAUUUUUCAAUCUCCCCUUGCACUUGUAUAAGAAUCUUUUGACCGGCAGUCCGUUUUUCCCCCUUCCUUACUGAAUGACUCCGAAAUAAGAUGCUCUUCAGUACGUCCUGUGGAACAGACCUGGUUGAUAACCGUGUCUCUCUUCAUUUCUUGUCAAGCGUUUCUGUGUAAGAGCUAAUGGUAGUCGGUUUACAUGUAAUGGGAAACUUUGAGAUGCUUGAUGGCAGCAAACAUACCGGUCCCGUUCAGCAGUUCUGAGCAGGUGCCCAUGGUUCUGAGCAUGCGUGCAUAGUUCUGAGCACGCGCAGCACUGUGAAAAAGGACUGUUAUGUCUUCUGCCACCAGCAUCUCAAAGUCUCCCAUUGUCACGUGACACCCCCAACAAUCUGCCUUUUAUCUCUGGCUAGACACCCCCAGAUUUGUGCAAAGUCAGUUUUCGAGUUCCUCUCCAGGAAGACUUCUCCAUUAUUUUUUCCUCCCAUUGUAAUUCGAACUUGCAUAGCAAGCAUAGCCAAUUUAGAUGCAUUUGUGAAGUCUGGAAAAUAUUUUUGACAAAUCUUAGCUGGUAUUUUUUCAUGACGUUCCAAGUGCGUGUUAUAAGAUGUACCCAUUUGUGUUUGAGACAUCUGCUACAGGAUAAUGGAAUUGCCUCAAAUACCACUCUUUCCAUUUUUUUUUUCUCGCUUCAGUGAGUAGUUGUUCAGGGACAUAUUUCAGUUUGAAAAUAAGGGAUUACGUGAAUUCCUGACAUUUGGUGAAUCAUCAAAUGGUAUGUGUUAUGGAAAACAGAUAAGUAUUCCCCCCAAGCGCCUACAUUUUACCCCCGAGAACCUCGUAUUGGCAAUCUCGUCAGUUUGUCGUUGAAAUUUACUGACUGAUUUGGGCAAAAUUGUCCUGAGAUAAACUAUCAGUAUGGCGCCCUCUGUUGGCAAGCAUUGGCCAGUUCUCAGAAUGUCUGUAGCAGUGAACACUUCGGAUCUGGGCUAGAGUGACUAGUCCAGGCACUCCCACAGAAUAUCUCUGGAAUCUUGCGCUGAUCUUGAGUUUAACCAUCCUGAAAUUGAGGGUUGACAAUUGCAGUCAUUAUUAUUCAUGGUAGAAUUUUGUGGCAGUGUACUGGAGAGUCCUAUAUCCGGAAUCAUCUCCCUAAGAGAGAGAUGGUUUUCCCUGAGGGAGAGAUGGUUCUCCCUGAGGGAGAGAUGGUUCUCCCUGAGGGAGAGAUGGUUCCCCCAGGGAGAGAUGGUUCUCUUUGAGAGAGAUGGUUCUCCCUGAGAGAGAGAUGGUUUUCCCGGGGAGAGAUGGUUCUCCCUGAGAGAGAUGGUUCUCCCUGAGAGAGAUGGUUCUCCCUGAGAGAGAGUUUUUCCCUGAGAGAGAUGGCUCUCCCUGAGGGAGAUGGUUCUCCAUGAGGGAGAUGGUUCUCCAUGAGGGAGAUGGUUGGAUGGCAGUCGCAUAGGGAAAAGACACUCUGAAUGGAAACACAUGGUGUACAGACAAAUGGGCUCAAAAACAAAUUAAACUUUGUGAGAACUUCUUGGGAUACUGUUCAGAAACUCUUAUUUCACUGGAUUCGGUAGUAAAAGUCAAACGGUUCUAUCGUAAUUUUCUUUUGUAGUGUCGCAUAUUAUCCCUUCAAAAGCCAUCAUUUGUUAACUCAAACACCUAGGGUUUUUUCACGUGAGGCAACAUGACUGGCAAGGCUAACCAGGAAGCGUACCAUGUCCAUGGAGGCGCGUGCAUUUUUGACUCUGUGUAUUUCUACUGGCAGUUUCUUGUACGCCAGAAUGUUGGCAGACUAAGAAGGUGCGCGCGUUUAUUGCGCACAUCUGUGUAAAUUGAACGCUGGCCGUCAAAGAUCACGUGACUAAAAAUCCUUUGUGCUUCGCUACAAUUUGUGUACAGUCGGGCAUGUUGGGAUAUUUCCUCGAUGUUGUGUAUACCGUAAACGAGAGUGAAGAAAGAAUUUUUUUAUUAUAAGGAAAAUUAUCCAAGUGAAACUUCAAGAAGCCUUGUUAUUUUCUCACGGGGCUGAAAUUGUAAAGAGAUUAAAAUUGAUAUGAAGGGGAACAGCGACUUAUAUUGAGUGGUAGAUAGCUAAACAUGUAUGUAUGUAUCUUUUAUAUAAAAACUUGUGUAUUAUUUGUCUCAUUACCUUUUUAACUUAUUGCCGUGGUAAUACCAAAUGGUGUCACGGGAUACGAGAAAUAUCCUGCGCCAUCUUUUCUUGUAAAUUGCUGUAAAUACUGUACAUUAUCUUUUUUUUCUUUGAGAUACUAUCUUUCACAAACUGGUGUCUGCGAGCGUUUAGUUUUACAUCUUUUUUAGUGGUUGUUGCAUUUUAGUACAGAUUUCUAACGAAGUCAGAUUUGUCCAAGUUAGUCGACCGAUACUUUCUGUUACGUCAGUAUUUCUGAGUGGAAGUUUGUUUUAUUUACCGUAUGCAUUGUUUCUUUUCCUUGCACAGCCACACUGUUCAUGUGUCAUAGCACACCGUGUCGAAAGUAAAAUGUAUUCAUAGGAAUUCCUGAUGGCCACUGAAAAAAAAAUGGUUAGUUAGGAAAGAAAUGAUCAACUUUCAAAAAGCAUUUUUGUUUUUCGUUUGAGCCCACCGACAAAGUAACAGAGAAAAAAACGUCAGGUUUUACUAUUCGCUGAUGAAUAAGUCCUUUUGAGAGACAAUCCGUGGCAUUCAACUGAUAUAUAGGCACACUGGUCAUUCGGGCCUUCAUAUUUGGCACUUCUGUAUAUUUCCCCUUUCGCGAUUUCAUUCGAAUUCAAAUCUACAACACGCUGAGGCUAGUUCAUACUUGGCGCGAAAGGAACACAAAAAAACACGAAUUCAUGACGUCAGAUCAAAUAAUAGCGCUCCGAAUUCGCCAGUGAUGAACACAAUAACUUGGGCGAAAUUUUGCUGCAAAUCUUUCGUGAAGUCAAAUUUGCUUUGCUUUCGAGUUUGCCUGUAGUAUGAACCGGCCCUUAGACAGUCCAAUUCGCAGCGAAAGUGUUUGUUCUAACCGAUUGACCGCGUUGUACACAACAUGCUCUUACGGGUCGUUAACACUAGCAGGUAGAGGUUUUUGCGUUUCGUGAAGGUAUACGACGUGUGUGAGCAAAAGCGGAAUGGCAGAUGAACCGGACCUUUCAAAAAAAAGGAAACACAAAAACCACGUCAUUCAACCAGUUUACCUCACGUACAUUGUGACAUACUUUGCGGAAAAAGAGUUGUGUGUCUGUCAGUUACCGUAACUUUUGACUGGUGUCUCUCAACGGAUCAGACAAGCUGCAUUUUCCAUGAAGAUACGCGUGUAUGGCCGGCUGUGCGUGUUAUCAGAGUUUGGUGACACGUGGUUGAAUUUGACCGUCAUCCCAAUCUCCAGUGUAUUUUUGGUCAAACCCUUGAGUUCGGACUCGUGCCACACGCCAUUUUCUUAGACAGAGCUUGUGUUACGUGUUUUUCCCUGAUGUAUCGGAAAACUGUUUUGUAUUUAUCAGUUUUGUAAAUAAGUAUAAAUCAAAGACUUUUUAAUUUAACUGUGCAGGAUUUGUACUAAAAUCAGAUUAAGAAGGAAAUUAUCUCGCACGAUUGCCGCUAACUAGGGACAGCCUGUAUAGUUGUACAUGUAUAUUGGGAGUUUUUAACGAGCCUGAAUAUUCGAAUAAAACUCAAAACCUGAAUAUCAAAGCAA